GGUUCACCUUUCAGCCAGACGUUCACUUAGCAUGUUGCACUUGGGGGAACAAGCGCUGCGCUUCAUCCCUUUAGCGGUGCAUCAUCUCCAGAGCUCCACAGCCCGUUUCGCAUGUCGCGCCUGGGAAGCGUUUGUGCAUUGCUCCUCCUUCUUCCAACGGCGUCGGCAGACACUGCAGACACUGCAGACACUGCAGACGCCGUGAAUUCAACGCUCGCUCCAAAAGAUGCCGAGAUGUGGGGGAACUUCGUGUUCUGCAACUGUGGCCUCACUUGCGAGACUCAGCCGGGCACCUUCUUCGGCCAGUCCUGCACCUGCCAUACGUGCACCAAUGGAACCAUUCGCAACUCCACAGGCCUGCGUGGUGCACUCAACAGCACCAGCCAGCUGAGCCAGAGCCUCCAGGGUCCAGCUGUGCGGAGUGGCUGGUCACCUUCCUCCGGCAGACCGCAGGUUUUGGAAUGCCGAUGUGGGAGGUACUGCUCAUAUGGUCGACAGCUUGGUGGCGGCCGUGGGGGAACCUACUUUUGCUUCGUCUUUGCCUGCAAUCCGUGCAGAUGAGCCAUGGCAGCCAUGGUGUGCCCAUGUGGGUUUUUGGCCGUCUCAUGCCGUUUCACCAGUCAGCAAAGCAGUGGUGCAAAUGUGGACAGGAGCCGCUGACAACAGCUGAGCUGGAAAAGAAGCGGCAUUAGGAAUAGGCCGCCAAAGCAGCGACCGCAUCCAAAGCAAAGCAAUGGCAGUACAGACAUUGUCCUCAAACAAAUUGAGGAGAAUCUUUGAAGCCAGGUUCAUGAUCACAAA